AUGGAUACCAGUGACAAAUCGUAUGUCCAUGACGUGGUAGUAUCGAGGGUUGAAAAUGUAGAUAACGACGGAUUCACUGCUUGUGUGAUGGCGGCAGGAUAUAACGAACGAAAGUCGUAUGCUAACGUGACAGUUGACUGGAUGGCGUACCAAGGUGCUCCAGUGGGUGGUGUGACUGGUGAAGUGCGCAUGUCACAGUGGUGGACUGGUACGACUUGUGCGACUGUCAUGUUUCCUACAGUGAGUGGCCUUUGUUGGGUUUUCUUGUCCUUCCCAUUCUUUUUAAGAUCAUAUCUUUUGAAACGCCUCACUUCUGCUGAGGUCACUCAGUUAAUAACAGAUCGUUUUUAAUAUGCAUCAGCAGUGAUUUGUCGUAAUGGUGCAGCCGUACACUUAUGACCAUUAGUCGAACAACGUCAUGGUAGUGCAAAUUAUUCUUUUACCAAUUUCCAGCAUAUCACAAAUGUCAUGGGUUCCUUUUUGCAAUAAAUACGAAAUUGAUUCCUGUUCGUGGCUUUCUAAGAGUUAAGAGUUGCUUGAUUCGGAUUUAUUUUUCAGGGAAAAUUCUCUGGGAUACCGUCGGUAUUUGUGACUGCCAAGCAUUACAAUCCAGGAUUAAAACGUGACGCAGCAAGCGCAUGGAUUGAAGAUGUCACACAAUCAUCCUGUAAAGUUUGCUUGAGAGAAUUGCAAAACUACGCUGGAUCACACCAAGACGUUGUUGUUGUAAGUAACACUAAUCUCAUGGAAUCGAACGAACAGCGUUUUUCAUUGGAAACUAAGUGCAGCAGACUCAUCUCAUCUUUUCGCUUUUUUACGCUUCCAGCAGUUGGUCCAGCAGAGAUGCACGAUUUUUUGCUUGAAAAUAUAUUUCCCUCCAUCUGUUUCCUCUUCAUCCGGCUUUGUCAACCCAACCAUGUUAUUGCUUUCUUGUAACCUAAGAUGUCGGUGGCUGUUUUAUAUAAACCUUGUUGAUAGAUUACCAUCUUAUUUUCGACGUUGUCACAAUCUUUUGGUAGUUAGGACGUGAGAAUGAAAUAGAAUUCUUCCUUUUUAUUGUUAUUUAUUCAUUUAUUUAUUUACUUUAUUUCAGAAUUGGUUAGCGUUUUCAUAUCUUGACGAGCCUCCCUUCUCAGAACACAAUUCGAUUUACUUUUCGAAUGAUAAACCUCUCGCGCAGAGUCACUAUAAUGCCUUCUGCAAGGUCAGUAUUCCAGUCCUUUCAUUAGUCUUAUGGGUUUCAAUUCCCGUCACAGUGCACUUAAUUUUAUUGAAUAAAUUUACUAUCAGAGAGCAAAAGAAAACGGUUCCCCUAUCAUGUCUCUAGUGAUGGUUGUUGCAUUUAGUCAGUUUAGCAGGCUGCCUGUCAUAUUCCAAUGAAUAUUUAAAAUGAAAAUGAAAUAUAGAUUAUAAAUGCCCUAAUGCGGAAAAAGUCUUUACCUUUAUGUAAAUGUCAGAGACUGAAUUUUUACAAUUAUGCAAUUUCUUUUGACAGGACGCUUCUUUUACUAAAGUUCAUAACUCAAGUCCACAUGUGUUUGUUUCUGCCAAUCAUUCCACCAAAAAUGGACGUCAGAGUCCAAUUCAUAACAUCAUAGCUGAGUGGGUAGAGGUAUGUUUUUAUUUUUUUAUUUAUCUACUUUUUAAUAUAUUUUAUGAAUUUGUGUAACAUACCACUUGCAACCACACUUACAUGUGUUGUGUGCAUGUUUGAAAACCUUAUGAAUUUCAAAAUACGAAUGACUGUAACUAACACUGUCUAUUUUACAAUACAGAAUGCGUUCUAUUGAGAAUAACAGCUUAUAAAACACAGGUCGUGCGAAAAACAGCCCAAAAGUUAAAUUUUAUGUUUAACUAACGAUCAGGCAUAACCCUUAGCUAGUAAAAUGGCCAUGAAUUAUGGAAAGUCGUUAAAACUGUGUUUAAAAAAAGUUGUGUAGCUGUAUAGCAGAAGGUAAGCAAAUGUUGUCAAACAAAAAGCAAUGAGAAAACUAAAACUGAUGUUAAGCAAGAGAGAAUGAGCUAAGAAAGCGGAUCCCUGUGGCCCAUGAUGAUUAUUUGAAAUCUAUUGAAAGUUCCCACGCGUGCGAUGAAGGUUAUUUUUAUCUGCUGUUUCCGUUACGCGCGCGGUCUACUUUCCCGUGAAUGCGACAUAUUUCGCCUCCAAACAUUUGAAGUUUGACAGCAGUUACAGCAAUUAUCGCAUGAGAGGUUUAAGUUGUUGACAUGUAAUAACGCGCACUCAAUUGUCCUCUUUCCUCUUCCCUUUGAAGCCCUGUAAAGCAAACUUGUUGAACAGGGUUGAUCACUUCCUAAUAUGCGUCAAACUGAGAAAUAUGGAAAGUCUUCUGGUCAAGACCUACCUGAACUGUUCUAUAGUUUUUUUUUCUGCUAGCAAGGGAGAAAAUACGCCGUCCGCCGUCUGUGUGAACUACUUCAUGAGCUGAUAAAUAUUCCUUUCUUGCAGUACAUCAACAAGACAGGCUUUCGUGCUUGUGUCAAAGAAUUAUAUGAAGCAAAAUAUGACCCAUUGUCAGUAACGUACACAGUUUUGUCAGGUAAGAGCUCUACUGCUACAAAACUAAUAAACUUCAGUACUUACAAGUCUCUAAAUGAAAAAAAAAAAAAAAAAGAAUACAGGGAAUACACAAAAGAAAUGCACAAAAACUGGAGGAAAUAAUAAAAAUUGUAUUCGGGUGAUGAUAAAAAACAACGUUCAUCCCUUUUUCCAAAUACCUAUUAAUGUGUAUAAUGGAGUGCUUUAUAGCGGAGCUCUCGCGCGCGAAUCGCGCGCAGCGGAGCACCAUGGGUAAAAAAAUGUGGUAAACUAAGUUACCCAUCCAAGAAAAUUUGGUAAUCACGUGACCGUACACAGACCGCCCGCCCGCCCGACCGUCCGUCCGCACCACAGGCAUACCAAUGUGAAAUAAUUCAAUCAACCGGUAUGGCAACCCAAAUGCAACUCAAGGUUGUAUUUGGAAAGAAAUCGCCUGGCCGCCCGGACUUUUAGAAAGAAAAAACAACAACAAAGUCGUGUCUUUUUCGACGUUAUAUUUGAUGUUUACACUCGCGUGGAUAACAGAGAAAGAGCUAGAGCGAUUAAUUGAAAACAAAAGAGACGAAUUUUGUAGGAAGAAAAACAUGAAAAUUCAAAGCGGCUGUGAGACAAUGAGAAAUGCUAGCGGCCAGCAAGGUGAAAAUGAGUGGCAGUGAAAAAUAAAAGCGAACAUGAACACAGGAGACAAAAUAUUGGGUAAGCACAUACGACCAUUCCUCCACAAAAAUAAUGUGUAACUAGUAAGUUUGACGUUUUAGUCCUACAAAAAAAAAACCACCUAUUAUUAACCAGAGUUUCGCUUCUAGCCCUGGCUAAAUCUAUAUAUUAAUACUUGCAGUUGUUUUUCUCUUAUGUAUUGCAUUUAUUAAUUUUGUCCUGAACAAAAAGCUUCUGCUUUUCCAUUUCCUUUUUUUUCGCAAAACCGGAAAUAACAAAAAUGCCCGAAGUAUUUAACUGCUCCUAAAGCCAUACAUUUUAAGCAAUAUCAUUUUGCAGUUCACUAAUUCCUACUUUGUAUACGCGCAGACAUCUGUCCAUCUGGAUGGGAUUACUUCAAUGGAUACUGCUAUUUAACAAGCUCUGUAUGCGCACCUUGGGUGACUGCUGUGUCCAACUGUUCAGCAAUGAACUCACAUCUGGUAACAGUGCACAACCAAGAAGAAAAUGUCUACAUUCAGCACCGUCAUAAUGGAGAGCGAUCAUGGAUUGGACUUAAUGACCGAAGCGUUGAGGGAUCAUUUGUCUGGACAAACAAGGAAAUAACCAGUUUUCGGUUCUGGGCUCCGCAACAACCAAACAACAGGAAAAACGAAGACUGUGUUCACACUCUGGGUGCCAAUGAUGGCUACACUUGGAACGACGUUUCCUGCGAUAACUGCUAUAACUAUACUUGUGUUCGAGGUAAAAGCGGUCAUCAGGUGCGUUUUACAACUUACAUUAAAUGAUCUGUUAGUUGGCAUCUGGGGUAAUCUUAUGUUCUGUAAAGGGUUGUGGCUCACUUCAAUAUUUUAUGCCAGGAAUGUAACCAAAACAACAAAAAAGCCAUCUAAUGUAAGCGCACAUUAAUGUAGUAUCAUCUUUCAGUCAUAGUUAGUAGAGGAGAUUGGUUGAGAAUGCAUCAAAGCUUAAGAUUAAGAUUUUUUUUUCUUUUUUUUUCACAAUAAAUGAAUGCGACGUUUUUGUAGCCGGCCUGUGUACAGCGGACGCCCCCUCCCCCUGUUUUGAGGUGAGGGGGCAUCUGUACACAGGCUAGGUUUUUAUUGGUGAAAAGGAUCAAAAUGAUAAGAAUGCUAUUGAACGUUUCACACCGUCGGUUGAGUCCAAACACCUUUAACAAAAAAACAUACUAUUAUAAUAAAGGCGCUUGUAGGGCUUUAUAGCCAUUCCACUGUUAUUAACUUUGUUUCAGUUUAUGUUUCAAACUCGUACGACUAUAUCAAGGUAACAAUGGGCAUGCAGCCGAGCUUAUUAGACAGUUGUUAAGGUGUCAUAACGUGAGAUUAAAGCAUUGUGUCCAGUGUUUGGUAAAAUUCAAAGUAAUUUCGCUUUUUCUUUUCAAGAGUUUUGUGAUGAAUUCAAGUUGAGAAUAUCAUUUCAGAAAAUAAGCACGUAGCAAAGGAAAUCUGAGUGAAUGAAACACAGUGAUUUCUUUUAGAAAUUGACGAAUGCACAACUAACUAUCACAGAUGUACUGUGAAUGCUGCUUGCCAGAAUACCGUGGGCUCAUACAAAUGUACGGGCAAAGCUGGAUACUCUGGAAAUGGCGGCAAAUGCGUUGGUAAGUACUGAACUUUGCUUUUGUCGGUCCAUAUUUUGCCCUUUAGCUUCGCAAACUGACCGACUUAGUUGUCCUCUGUUCUGAUUUUAUUUAUUAAAUUAUAGACUAAAUAAAUAUGCUUUAUAGUGUAUGUACAGAACUAUUAUUAUUUUCUCUAUCUUUUGGGGUCAAAACUUUCUGAUAAGCCUUCAGUGGGUAUUUAAUCGGAAGUUUGAGCAGUAAAAGAAUACUUGCACUAAUGUGUGCACUCUAAAUCAGACAGAUCUGUUUUAGCCCUAAAACUACGGCCGUUUCGGUAAGUAAAAUACAGUCCUAUUUUUUAGUCUAAUUUGGUGCCCUUAAAUCAGGGCCAAUACAGUCCAAUUAGCUAGGGCUGAUUUGGUCCCAGGGCUGAAAUGGGCCCUAACGUGGGGUGGAAUAGCCUUUUGAUUGAGCUUUUAUGGCCUGAAUUGUGUUCAAAUGGCUCCAGGAAGGGCUGAAUCAGACUUUGGCCUGCAGGGCUGAAUUGACACUAGGGCUGAAACAGAUCUUUUUAAUUUUCAGUGUGGAACAACCUUUUACACGAAUUUUGAUUCCUUUAAUCAAAACAAUUACGAACUUCCGUUUGGGUAUAUAUUUGUUUUGACUUUAAGAACUUCACUGGUAAUAACGUAAAAGUUUGAUUUGAUUUGAAAAAAAAAACUCGAAAACUAGGCGAAAAUUUCACUUUUAGACCUCAAGGUCGCCCCAAUUCAGACUGAACGCAAUAAAAAGCCCCAAGGGGUCUGACAUGUCUGAAUAGACGAAAGUCGGGAGGAAAUGUCAAGGAAGGUAUUAGCUUGUGUUUUCGGCGCAUGAAAUCAAUAUUUCAUUAUUUUGUCUUCUUUUUUAGAAAUCGACGAGUGUAGGAGCAAAACCCAUAGCUGUGACAAAAAUGCGUUAUGUAAGAACACUGACGGAUCUUUUACUUGCACCUGCAAUCGCGGUUACAAGGGAGAUGGAAAGAAGUGUAGAGGUAUCUAUCUAGCGCUCUUUAAAGGUGGCUUUCCAGCGUCGCGUAAUUUUUACGUGCGUAGGCGCUUUAGUUUUAAGUACGUAUAUAAAAUAACGGCUAUGUAUCAAAGGUUGUGCGUAAACGUAAAACUUGAACCUUGCUCAACUUUUACGCGCGGCCUUUCAUACAUUGCCUCCAGGGCCCUGACUACCUCUAUUAUAUUUAUGCGCGUACAUUUUACGUGCGUACGCACAUGAAUAUCACGCGGCAGUGGAAAUCCACCCUAAGUUCUUGAUCACCUAACGAUAUAGUUUAUACAUCCAGCACGUGCGUUCAUUCCAUUGCUUGUAUUUAUUCUCCCUGGCACCGGUUGUUCAAACGCUGGAUAGCGCUUUGCAUCAGAUAAAUCACUACACAGUGGAUAAGUAUUAGUAAAACUGACUGCGCUAUCUACUGGAUGGUGAUUUAUCUAGCGGCUAGCCUUAUUCAGCUUUUGAACAAAUUGUCCAGGUAAUUUUAUAACACUACCAUAGCCACACAAUCCGUCGCGUUCAUCUGUAACGUAGAUUUAAAAGAAUAGAAUGUAAAGGAAGAAUUAUCAGUUUACUUGCCUUCUAAAGGUAAAAUAAAUGCAGUUUAUGAUUUUCAUUUAGAUAUCGACGAGUGUACAAGCAAAAUCCAUAAAUGUGACAGAAAUGCGUUAUGUAAGAACACUGAAGGGUCUUUCACCUGCACCUGUAAACCCGGUUACAAGGGAGAUGGCAAGAAGUGUAAAGGUAAAUAUCUCAGUAGAACACGCAAUUAUCGCAUUCUCUGCUUUUAAUUUAUUAGACUGAGGCAAACACAUUUGUCGUGGAUUCUUAGCUGUGAACUGGAAUUAGCCUACAGUACGUACAGGCUUAAGCCGGGAAAUCUGUUCACAUGCAUUAUUAUUUUUAAUGAUUUUCCUCCCUAGUAGCCUCAACUCUAAAUUACUUCUACUUCCAGCAACAGGAAUCACUGCUCAUCUGAAUGAAUAAAGCAAGAUCCGGGAAGCCGUUUACCUGUAUAUUAUUAGUCAGAUUUUGAGUCUCUUUUCACAGUUGAUCUGUAAUGUUGAUAUCUAUUUUGUUGUAGCGACACGCGGGCUGUUUUCCUACGAUCCCGCUCAAUCCUGCAAAGAAAUCAAGGACUUAGGUAUCUCCAAUGGCGACGGGGAGUACUGGAUUGACCCUGGAAGGACUAAUAGUCCUUUCAAGGCAUAUUGUGACAUGACAACUGACGGAGGUAUGGUUUGAGUUGAAGCUAGGGGAAACCCAUUUUUCUAAAGUAAGUUCAGGAAAUUCUAAAUAUCUACCUUGAUCUAAUACCUAAAAACAUGGCCAAAACAGCAAAACUACAUCUCAUACUUGAAGAAUAUCAAGUAUAUCAAGACAAAGCAUCCCCUUGGAUCCUCAAUUUGCCGAGGAACAGGAACGUGAAAUCCAUCAGUUUAUCAAUUUUUCUUAUAACUGUUAAGUGCUACCAUGGAGAAGUUGUUUGAAUGAAUAAUAAUAUGCAUUUUUUGCGCCAAGCCUCGUUUUAGUAUCAAUUUCACACUAGCAAGCGCCUAGCGAGUCACGAAUUUCUUAGUCUCGGGUUCCUAGUUCUGUACAGUACCGCAAACAAUCCCCAAAGUAGACCGUAAAUGAUCCCCAUUGUCGACCGCAAGUGAUCCCGUGAAAAGUAGAGGACUGGAAUACUGUUUUAGGCAUGGAUGGUGAAUGUGCUGAGAGUUUGCACAUCGCGUAGAACAAUGAAUAAAUAAAACUGUUUCUUUUGGUACUUUUUUCUCCUUUCGUUAUUCAAGCAUUUGAUGUUUCGUUGCUGUGAAGAUUUAGGACAGGAAGGAAGUUAAGAAGGAAAUUUUUCUUUCAUUUUAACGCCUAGGAAUAGGGAAAUAUGACCCCGGAAUAUGAUCCCUUUAUUUAUCACUCUGUACCGGGUUUUGGUUUAUUUCGAAAUACGCUUAGUAACUACAACUAGUGAAAAUGUUGCGUCUAGUGGUAAGGACCCUGUCGGCGCAAACCUGUAUAUUCAUUUUCCGUGUCUUUACUGCUGGAGACACAGACAGUUACAAAGAUACAACAUUAGGGAAAGAGAAACGAAGGAACGAUUAAGUGGAACAUUUUGUACCCAUGAGCAAAGAAUUAUCUUAAUGGGGUUCAGUGUACUAGAGCGAGCUUUUAUCUGGGGUCGUUUUCAAAGAUUUUCACGGUUACAAAAGUUGUCAUUUUCUAAAGUUCAUACGAAGUAUCCGAAAGAUCGGAUUUGAGCAAUUUUUUCUUAUUGCAUCUAAUUGUUCUACAGUAUGUGAGGUUUAGUGCAGUUAAGCUUUAAUGUUAACCAGCAAUUAAGCAGAGCUAUUGUUUUACUGGUUGCAUUUAAGUUCUUUUUUUGUUUGCAUUUAUUUGUGUAAUGUUCAAGGUUUCUUUCUUUUUCAGUCUUGGCAUUUAUUUGUUAAAUUAAUUCAGUUGAAUUAAUUCGUUUUGUUGCGAUAAUAAACGUGACACGAUGAACCAGUAACUUAAGUCUAGGCCAUUCUCGGAUUUUCCUCUCGGGAUCAUUUGCGGUCCAUUUUGGGGGAUCAUUUUCGGUCUGAGGACCACUUACGGUCACGCGGGAUCAGUUGCGGUACUGUACAGUUCGCCUGAGUAAUAUUGCAAAACAUUGAUAAAGUUCACAGCCGGUAGCCUCCCAGGUUUUUAGGGGUUCGUCACGCGUUCCUGCCCAUGGGAGGCUACAUCUGGGUUUCCGCCGUGUGAAUUAUUUUGAACUGAACAUUACUGCUUGUUUUGGCCCACAUGACUUGAUAAACCAAAUGCAAUGAUAAACAUUUAUCGAAUUUCAGGGGGAUGGCUUCUUGUAUCCAACGUUGUUUCGCACGGUUCAUCUCCCACUCAGUUGCCAGUUAAGACAUCGUACCGCGGAGUAAGCAGCAAAGAGAUGGUACUUACAAAAAGCGCCAUGAAGGAGCUGAGGAAGCACUUGUAUUUCACUCGGAUAACAUUCCGCUGCAAAAAAAGAGGAGGUCGUACAUUUCACAUCACCACGGCUGCUAACAGCAAAGGUGAGGCUGCUGUGAAAUACUUCAGUGGUGAGACAGAUGUGAUGCCUGCCUCUUGUGGCUCGUUUGUGAUCAUGAGCAAUGAUAACUCGCGGUUAGCAAGAACCUGCAAGGAUUGGGGAUACCAAAGAGGUUCUUACAAAGUUGGCAAAUGGGGGCAUGAAAGAGAUCAGGAUCGAUUAUACAACCACGCUGCUUUUGUAAUGGCAGCUUACCACUGGCUUCUUACACCAUCUGGCAGGUGGGAAUGCGACGAUUAUAAUGUGGGAGUGUCCCCUGGCGAUUUUUGGAAAGUCUUUGUGCGAUAGGAAGUCACCAUAACGGA